GUCCUUCUCCACUUUCAUUUAACUUUGAAAACAACUUUUCUAAUUUAUAUUUUUUUUUAAUCCCAAAAUUGGCUUCGAGAGAGAGACCUUGACCCUCACCUAAACCUCAAAUCCUCAGAAAUUCGUAAACUUUCGUACCCCAAAAAUCUAAUCUCUUUUUGGUAAUCAGAGAUUGAUUCCUUUUUGAAACUUUCUGGGUAUUUUUAUUCCGUUACAAUUUUUGUUUAUAAGCAUCCAAUCAAAAAUUCAAGAGCGUAGAAACAGGGAAGAAUGGGGUGUUGCGCGAGCAAUCAAGGAGGAGGUUCAAAGGCUAGUCGGGUAAAGCGGUGGCGAUCCACCGGCAUUAUUGGCCUCCGCGACUCCAAACUCAAGACAUUUCCUGAUGUAGUGAUUGACAUGGAGAGAGCAGUGCGGACACUCGAUCUAACACACAACAAGAUCUCUGAUGUUCCUGGAGAUAUCAGUAAGUUAAUCAAUAUGCAGCGUCUGUUAAUAGCUGAUAAUCUAAUUGAGCGCCUUCCUGGGAAUCUUGGGAAACUUCAAUCUCUCAAAGUUUUGAUGCUUGAUGGAAACCGCAUCAGCUAUCUGCCGGAUGAAUUGGGUCAGUUGAUAAGGCUUGAGCAACUAUCAAUCGCAAGAAAUAUGCUCAUAUACUUGCCUGAUACUAUUGGUAGUCUUCGCAAUUUAGUGCUGUUGAAUGUCUCGAAUAACAGAUUGAAAUCCCUUCCAGAAUCAUUAGGGAGCUGUGCCUCUUUAGAAGAAAUACAAGCUAAUGAUAACGUUGUUGAAGAGCUCCCUGCAUCACUCUGCAAUCUGAUGCAGUUAAAGUCGCUUUGCUUAGACGAUAAUCAAGUGAAACAGAUACCAGAUGGAUUGCUGAAAGAUUGCAAGAGUCUGCAAAAUCUAUCCCUGCAUAACAAUCCAAUUUCCAUGGAUGAUUUUCAGCUGAUGGAAGGAUACCAAGAGUUUGAAGAGAGGAGGAAGAAGAAAUUUGAUAAGCAAAUAGAUUCGAAUGUGAUGAUCAGCUCUAAAGGACUCGAUGUAGGCGUUGAUAAAUGAACACUCUAUACAGUUUUUUCAACAUCUCCUUACUUCGAUCAACGUUUCUGUCAUGUAAAGAAACAUUGUUGUAAUACUCUCUGUCUCUAGAAUCUCUCUCACUGUGAUUCUGCCAAAAUUCUUAUGAAAACAUACACAAUCACAUAUAUAUGUUUGAAGGCGUGUAAUGGAUCUGUGUAAUGUGUCUUUGUGUUCA